AUGUUUGAUGGGAAUGGAUUUCGAGCGCUUCAAAACAAUAGUCCGGAGACACCCGGAGGCUGUGAGAGCUGCUCUGGAGUCACAAGAGGUGCCGAACUGAGGUUCGGUGAUUGCAUCCUCUUUCGGACUUUACUGCACCUAGAUAUAGAAUUAGAUACGAACAAGUACAAAAGUCUCCUAACGUAUCAAACUGUAAUGGUCGUAUACCUCGUAAACAUUACUUUAAGCGUAGAAGAUUUCGCUGCAUUAAUUUCAGAAAAAUCGGCCGUUGGUCAGUCUAAAAUUUGGGAUGUCCCUCGUAUGAACUUGUCCCCAUCAUGGUUUUACCAAUGGAUUCCCUAUGAUGUACUGCGCUUACUAGAUUUCUGCGUUAACCCAAAAUUAAGAACUGCCAUAUUAACGAUAGAAAACUUGCCGAAAGUUGUUGCAAAAAAAAUAGACGUUCUUCCAAGGGUGCCUUCUUUAGUGGAACUGGCUAGAGACGUCUCCAGGAAACACAUCGUUGAAAGACUUGAGGUGAAAACAGCAAAAGAGUUUUAUUCAAUAGUGAACGGUCUUCCUAUAGGCGAAAGUAACAAGAAAAUAAUCAAAUUUGAAACGCCGUUAUACCAUAUGUACGUGCCUAGUGAUGAGGAAGGUGACUACAACAUUAACAGUGACAGUGACAGCGACAGCGACAGAAUUGAAGAACUUCUGUAUGAUAUGUACGUGCCCACGGACAGUGAAGAGUUGGAUUUUGUGACGAAGAAAUUUUACUACACGUGUAUAAAGAAUUUAAGGACCUUGGCAAAAUUUGUAGGGUUCGUGGAAUCCCUUCCAUAUAAGAGCGAAGUCAGCAACUAUUCAGAGAAUUUAUUAACAACGCAUUUAAAAAUUAGACAACAGAUUCGACCAACCUUCGACGUGAAAACUCUCCUCGAAAACUCUAUCAGACGCAAGUCCGUAAUACUGUGUGUCCCUUGGUUAAUAAAAUACCUUUCCAUGUUAGAUUACAUAACGCUCAAACUACCUUAUUACGCACAAGUCCACACAACUCUUUUUUGGAUCUAUCGAAAUUUCGAUUGGGGUCCGGACCCCAACAUCUUUCUCAUAAAAUUCUGUCUUGGUUGGUUAUUUGAGCUUCCACAAUUACCUGACAAUAACUUUCUCCAUUUCUGCACACAAACACCAAAUUUCGAUGACACGACUAAUACGAACCCAAAAUUCUACCUCGACCAACUGGAGAUCGUCGAUCAAGAUAUACUUUACUUCUGUUGCCCAUAUUUGGAUGAAAUCAAGAAACUUUUAUCAUCGUCUUCAACCAGUCAUUCCAUUACAAUCAAGCACAUUACACCGGUUACAGCCCUGCAAUCACCCGAUGAAGUAGCUAGGAAAAAAUUGGAGCAACAACUAGAAGAGGCCUUCUUUAACGGACAACCAACUUCGCUUCGAAAAACAGUCGAAUUUGUAAGCGAAAGAGUGGCUUCGACUUGCGUAAAAUACGUGUGUCACACUUUGGUCCCCAAACAUAAAAAGCUUGCUUCCGAUAAGUUCAAAUCUUGCAUACAAUUUAAAAAGAAUGAAGAUAUAGAAACCCAGAAGACUGCCUUGAAAACAACGGCUAAUCAGUUAGCUGUCACUUGCUUGGAAGAACUUCAGAAAGCUUGUGACAGCGAAAUGGAAGCAAUCACCGACUCGAAAAUUCAAAAGGCUAUCGAAUCUUUGGUUUCUUUAGACGUUUUACCACAAACUAUACAAGUGUGUGUGGGAAUUACCAAGAAAACAUGCCUAGAACGUGUCAAACAGUGGAUUGAGAGUCACGUGACUUUGGCUGUUUUUAUGAAAGAUUUUAAUGACGAGAUUCAAAAAAUCACAAACCAAGACGGUAAAAAACCACGAAAGCCAAUUUUCAUGUUGCCACCUGGUGGCACUCCCAUGGAACACAAUGAAAAUGUGACCAGUGCUGCCCAUUUGCUCGAAAAAUACAGGGUUUUAACAGUUGGUGUGAUUGAAAAUAAUCCAUUAUCCCAGGAGGUCUUAGUUUCACUUCUGGACGAUACUUCCAGGAGUAUAAAUGAGAGAAGUGACUUUAAUCAGUGUAUUUUAGCGACGAUAUGCACGCAGAUCCUCGAUUUGAUGCUUUUACUACGUCUUAUAAAUCGAUGGAGCCGGCUGCACGCACGAAAAAGCAUGACUCAUGCGGCGUUACUGUCACGUUCCAUGUAA